AUGGAUAUCUCAACUUCUAUAUUCGGGAUGAGUGCAUCUUCGAACGAAAACGAGAAAAGCAAAGAUGAUUGCGGCGAAGAAACAAGGAUACCCGACGCCAUUGAGUUUCUCAAUCAGAACCUCAACCAGAACCCCGAUGCCGACAGUGGUGGAGGAGAUUUGUUGAAUGCUUUGGCCAUCAUCUGCGAUGAUAACCAUGCCAGUCGAAUGAAUCACAUGCAAGGAAUCGACACUGCAGCAAUCUCGCAAGAUGCGUCGAGUCAUCAAAUGGCUCUGUUGUCCAACGACAUGCCACUCCUUGCUUCCGCCAAUAACAAGCGCCACCAUCCAGGACAGGCCUAUUAUCACCCUCGUGAUCAUUCGGACAGUCCAGCGACGACAAGCCAUGAGGAUUCGGGAAAGCGUCGCAGGAAAUCUCGCUGCACGCACCCGCGUCUGACAUGGGAAGAGCGCAUCCAACAGCUCCAAGACUACAAGGACGAACAUGGCGAUUUGCUCAUUCCGAUACGGUUCAAGGAAAACCCGUCGCUUGGAAAGUUCGUACACAAUACAAGGGAGCAGUACAAGCUAUUCCUCCGAAAUCAAAAGCAGGAGCAAGGAGGCUCCAAACCGACCAAACGGUGCAGCCUUACCCCGGAAAGGAUAGCACAGCUGGAGGCACUUGGCUUUGCCUGGUCCACAGAUCGCACCAAACACCAAAAGGAAGACUGGGAAGCAAGAUUGCAGCAGCUCAAGGACUACAAAGCGAAACACGGAGAUUGCUUGGUUCCACAUGGGUAUGCAGAAGACCCGAGUUUUGCAGAGUGGGUGCAUCGACAGCGUACCACCCACGCACACAUGUUGAAAGAACAGGCUGAUCAUUCACCUCAUCACAGCCACCACCCACCCAAUCCCCUCGUGGGGGAACGAAUGAUACAGUUGGAGGAACUAGGAUUUCAUUUUACGGUUCAUGCCGACAAAUGGAUGGAACAUUGGAAGGAAUUGAAAGCAUACAAGGCUAUGCACGGAGAUUGUCUUGUUCCAACUCAUUGUCCUGAGAACCCAAAGCUGGGAAGAUGGGUGCAUACUCAGCGUCAUCAACGACGAUUGCAAUUAAAGGGCAAGAAAUCUUGCAUGACAGACGAACGUGUCCAGCUCUUGGACUCGUUGGGCUUUAGCUGGGAUGUACGACACCUUAAUCAUCAUCACCACCACCAUGACCCCACCGAUUUCGUAGCCCCCAAUUUUGUUCCAUUUGAACCACAGCAGCAGGCAUAUUUGGAUCAAUCCAAUAUCCAGGGGCAUCAUCAACAGCACCAGCAAUCGACAAUGGCCGUGCACGGUAUGCCUCCUCCAGACCAGGAAUGUUUGCUUCAAAUGCAGCAAGGCAACAACCCCAACGCCAGUAAUGCCGACAUUUUUGGUCAUGGAAUGGCAAUGGUUUGA